GAGAACUACUAGAUGGGCAGAGAGGACUGGUCCCUUCCAACUUUGUGGAUUUUGUCCAAGAUAAUGAAUCCCGUUUGUCUAACACCCUGGGGAGUGAGCAGGAUCAGAAUUUUAUCAACCAUUCUGGUGUGGGCUUGGAAGGAGAGAGCAUCCUAGAUCUGAAUUCACCCACCCAGGGAGACUCCAGCAUCCUCAACAACGGGGCCGGGACGCUGGAUGUGAACAUCGAUGAGAUCGGAGAAGACAUUGUGCCUUACCCUAGACGAAUCACCCUUAUCAAACAACUAGCCAAAAGUGUUAUUGUGGGCUGGGACCCCCCGGCUGUGCCACCAGGAUGGGGGACAGUGAUCAGCUACAAUGUCCUUGUUGACAACGAGACCCGCAUGAAUCUCGCCCUGGGGAGCAGAACUAAAGCCCUCAUAGAAAAGCUGAACAUCGCAGCCUGCACGUACCGGAUCUCCGUGCAGAGCAUCACGAACCGGGGGAACUCGGAUGAACUCCAGUGCACCCUGCUGGUGGGCAAGGAUGUCAUCGUGGCCCCUUCCCACUUACGGGUGGACCACAUCACCCAAAUAUCGGCCGAGCUCUCCUGGCUCCCGACCAACAGCAAUUACAGCCACGUCAUCUUUCUCAACGAGGAGGAGUUUGACAUCGUCAAGGCGGCGAGGUAUAAGUAUCAGUUUUUUAACCUGAAGCCCAACAUGGCUUACAAAGUGAAGGUUUUGGCUAAACCCCACCAGAUGCCGUGGCAGCUUCCUCUGGAGCAAAGAGAAAAGAAAGAGGCCUUUGUGGAGUUUUCUACUCUGCCAGCAG